CUCUCCCUCCCUCCUUAGUUGUAAUGUCAGCACUGGCAAAGAUUAUAUAUUUUCUUUGUGCUUCAAGUCAGAAAUCCUCCGUGCUUUGUUUAAUGUUCUUUUGCUAAAUGUGUGAACCAAAAUGGUACAAUUGAUUUGUUUCCCAAAUAUUUGGAGCAUUUCCCCUGGAUCUUACGCCCUACAGAGGAAACAACUUUGAGCAAAUAGUGACGUUUUAUCUCUUUUUCCACCCUGUAAUUCCCCCACCCCUUUUUUUGACUGUAGUCCUGUGGAGAUGAGAAGUGGGGGGACUGGAGACCACACCUGGCUGUCAUGCUGUCUAAUCAAGUAGGAGACCGGGACCUGAAUUCCAGAGCUAUCAUCGCUAUGGGAGACACCUUGGCUGGGAAAGGAUUAAUAGAAGCUGCUCACUUCUGCUAUCUGAUGGCAAAUGUCCCUUUCGGCCACUAUCCAGUUCAAACAGAUUAUAUGGUGUUGCUGGGAAGUAAUCAGAGACAGACCUUUUCCCAGUUUGCAAGGACAGAAUGUAUUCACAGAAUGGAAAUCCUUGAGUAUUGUCGGUUACUGGGCUGUCCCCAAGCUUACAUCCCUCCUUUCCAG